AUGGCCGUCGAUGAUAGUCCAGAGCUCAUUGAGAGUCUGGUCAUAAUCGGCAUAAGAGUCAGCAAUCAGUUUGCGGCGUUGGACGGCCUGAUCGAUGUCGAUGGUGGUGAUAAAGACAACUUUACAAAUGAACUUCAACGGUUCGAGCUGUGGGCAACGAGUCUUGGCCUUUAUCAUGACUGGAUUAUCACAGCGUCUGCAUUCUCCAACUAUUACUCGCCAGACACUCGGUUAACCGUUUUCACAGUGAGAGGUGCUUUGGGUGACGCUCUGGUGGCUUCGGCGCAAGAAACCAGACCAGAAGACGACAAGAAUAUAGCGAAGUCAGACUGCAGUGAUGACUCUGAAGAAGAGGACUUCUCGUCAUACCAAUCCGAACCAGUCACCAAAGCAUAUCUCGGAAAUAUCACCGUAACUAUCGAUCGGCUGUACCGUCUUUCGUUCAAGAUCCGAAAUCCGGCCAUGAGAACUGGUCUUUCCAAGGCGCUGGAGUAUACAGAAGUGGAUCCAGACACAGGAGUCAAUCUGAUUGAAGUUUAUGCAUCGCUAGACCUGAGCCAUCUUGUUGAGCUUUUCCGUUGCUUUGGUCACCGGCACCCUGAUGAUCUUAAGAACCACUACCUCGUUCAGCGCCUGGCAAGAGCAAACACGCGGCGGAGGCAGCAAUUCCGAUACUGGAGAAAGCGCAAGGUCAAAUAUGAGGAAUAUUCCAAGUCAACUGAAAUGACAUUGAAAACUUCCCAAAAUGGCAACAUUCACCUCGAGCGCGAACGCCGUGUUAUUCAUGGACCUCCAUCUGCACUAUCGCAACCAUCCACAGCUACAAUGCUGAACGUGGCCCGGGUAAAACUAGAAGACGAGGCUUCCAUCAUAUCGACACAAUCAUGCCUUAUUCUAGCAGGUGACAAGAGCAGUGACCACAUUUCAAUCCCACCACCCCCUGCGACUGAUUCAAAUGCCAAGGAGUUUGAAUGCCCGUAUUGCUUCACGAUAUGCCCCCGUAAAUUCAUCACCAAGGAGGCAUGGGAAACGCAUAUAUUCCGCGAUCUGCGUCCUUACGUUUGCACCUUUGAGGACUGCAAAGAACCAGAUCAACAGUACGACACUCUCAGCGACUGGAUGUCCCACGAAGCCUCAAAACAUAACGUCAUCUCAGAUCCUGACAAUGACCAUCGAGCUUAUAUCCGUAACUGCCCCCUGUGCCUGUCUCCAAAUGCCAGUCCGGUCCAUAUCGCAGGCCAUCUUCGCCGUAUAGCUUGCUUCUCACUGCCUAAAUCAUCCAGCGGUAGAUAUGAGUCCACACUCGGUAGUGGGCUAUCUGACCGACCUGAAAUUGUAUCUUACAGUUCCGAGCGGUCCUCAAUGGAGAGCUUUUCGUGGGAGGCAUGGUCUGAGAACGUUUCAACUAGUCGCGAGCCACACCAGUCUAAAACUGAUGUGAGUGAAAUUGAUGUUGCGCUGGAAAAUACAACCGAACAGAUACAAGGAUCAUGUGAGGAGAGAACUGAUAGUCCGGUUGGCAAGCAUGUCACCGGUGAGCCAACUAUGGUUCCAUUGUCAACACCUUCACCAUCAUCCCCAAUACGACCUAUCUUGGCGCCGGAAGAUCGUCUAGGUUUUCUUCUAGCCGACCGGCUGGAACUGACUAGCAUUCUUGCAAACGGUGCGGAUGGCGUGGUUUACAAGGGCAUCGACAUCCACACAAAUGUGGUGUAUGCUGUCAAAGCACUGAAUAAGGUCGGACUCGAUGCCCGGCAGCUCCAGUUCCAGCAGCGCGAGAUCCGCCUCCACCAUCGGGUCAGCGAACAUCCCAAUGUUGUUUCCCUGGUUAAUAUAAUGGAUUCCGUGGACUGUACCUAUAUGGUCAUGGAAUUCUGCCCAGAGGGUGACCUGUUCUCCAGCAUCACUGAAGAGGGCAACUUUGUGGGCAAUGAUCCCCUUGCCAAACGCGUCUUUCUUCAGAUGCUGGAUGCUGUCCAUUAUUGCCACUCAUUAGGAGUUUACCACCGUAACCUCAAUCCGGAGAACAUCUGGGUGACCGGUCAGGGGCUGACGGUCAAACUGGCCGGAUUUAACCUCGCGACCACGGACGACUUCACCGCGGAUUUUGGCUGCGGUUCGACAUUCUACAUGUCUCCAGAAUGCCAGCAAUCAAAUCCUCGACCCAUGUCGUGCUACGCAUCCGCCCCCAACGAUGUGUGGAGCUUGGGUGUCAUCCUUGUCAAUCUGACGUGUGGUCGCAACCCGUUCAAGCGUGCGUCGAUCGAGGAUUCGACGUACCGGGCUUAUCGGAAGGAUCCAUUCUUCCUCAAGUCCAUUCUCCCUUUGUCUGAGGAGCUGGUCGGCAUCCUGAGCCGCGUUUUUGAAUGCGAACCUACAAAGAGGAUUACCAUCCCAGAGCUCCGAUCGUUGAUUCUGGACUGUCCCGUUUUCACGGUUAAGUCCUAUACCUCCGACGAUCACAGUAAAGACCAAGUAGGUUAG